AUAUAUUAGUUCAUGAAGGUUUUAUGUACCAUUUCGAAAAAAAUGGAGUACAAAAAAAAAUAUGGAGAUGCGGACGUUUUAAAAAUAAAUGCUGAGGCCGCGUUCAUGUUAUUGGUGAUAUCAAUAAUGAAAAAAAUUCAAAAAAAAUUGACCAUUAUAACCAUGUCCCUGAUAUCACUCAAAUAGAAGUUAAAACUGCAAUAAAUGAGAUGAAAAUAAAUGCAAUAUUAUGUACAUCUAAUUCCACGCAUUCAGUCAUUGGAACACUUGCUUCUCAGAUAUAAAGGUAUCUGCUUCAGUUGCUGGACAAUUACCAAAUGUGCAAACUCUAAAAAGAACCGUUCAGAGAGUUCGUCAAUCUCAUUUAGGAGCUCCAAUUAAUCCUCAAAAUUUUAAUUUUAAAAUUCCAGACCGAUUCACGAAAACAACGAAUGGUGAGCAAUUUUUACAAUUUGAUAACAGAUCUCAGACAAAUCGAAGUCUAUUAUUCUGUACAAAACGGAACCUCGAAUUAAUUGUUAACUGUGAAAAUUGGUUUUGUGACGGAACAUUCUCAUGUGCCCCUCAAAUAUUUCAACAACUUUAUACUAUUCACGCUGUUUAUUAUUCGAAUGUUAUUCCUUCUGUGUAUAUUUUACUACCAGAUAAAAAGGAAAAUACAUAUAAAUUAAUGUUUCAAGCUUUAAAGUCAUUAAUACCUAAUCUAAACCCACUUAAUAUAAUGAUGGACUUUGAAAAGGGGGCAAUGAAUGCUGUCAAAUUUGAGUUUCCAAAUGCAUCUAUAAAUGGUUGUUUUUUUUAUUUAUCACAAUGUCUAUGGCGUCACGUUCAAGAAACUGGAUUACAAAAGAAAUAUAGGGAAAAUUCAGAUUUUGCAUUAUACAUACGAAUGUUACCAGCUUUAGCAUAUGUACCAACAAAUAAAGUUGUCGAUACAUUUGAGAAACUUUUAGACACAGACUUUUAUAUUCAAAAUGAAGAGAUAUUGAUGCCAUUGAUAGAUUAUUUUGAGGGAAAUUGGAUUGGUUGCUUACAAAGAAAUAAAAAAAGAAGAGAACCUAAUUUUCCAAUAAAUAUAUGGAACUGCUAUUCUUUAGUGUCUGCUGAUUUACCCCGAACAAAUUACUCCGUAGAAGGGUGGCACAAUUGUUUUUCUGCAAUGUUUAACUCCUCAUCCCACCCAACAAUAUGGAAGUUCAUAAAUGCGUUGCAAAAAGAGGAGCAAGAAAUAGAAUGAAAAUAGAGCAAUAUGUUGCUGGGAUGGAACCGCCAUCAAAAAAAAUGUAUAAAGAUCGAAGUGCUAAAAUCAAAAAAAAUUGUUUAGAUUAUGAAAAUAUAACAAUUGAAGACUAUCUAAGAGGCAUAGCAUAUAAUUUCCAGCUACAGGUAUAAUUAUUUUUAGGCAACAUAAAUAUUGUAUUAUAAUAUCCAUUAAUAAAAUUUGUAUAUUAUACUUUUUUUAA